AUGCCUAAUGAACGUUUUUCGUCGCGUAAGCGUCGCAGAAGCCGAAGCCGGUCUACUAGCGGAUCUAAUUCGGGUAUAUAUAAUCUAUUAAAAAAGAUUGAGUUUCGUUUAUCAGCGGUGGAACGAAAACAAAAUAAACGUGCACGUAUUGUGAGUGAGACGGAGAGCGAAAGUGAAGCUACCAGUUCAGGGUCAAGAGACAGCUCACUCGAACAAAAGCGGUACAAACAACGUUCUCCGUUGUUUUCUUCGGUGAGGGAGAGAGAUGCACCGGUGGCGGUGGUAGAAGAUGUAGACGACUUCACGGAUGCACGGGGCAACGUGGAACCGGCGGACAAUCGUCGUGGCGAAGAAGGGGGUGAUAGGGAUAUUCGCCCGCCGGCGUUGCAGGAUGACAUACUCUCAAUACUGGGUGGCAAUGGGGAAAUAAAGAAAGUUUUUGGCGACCCCAUUCAAGUAGAAAUCGCCAGCCGUUGGUCGCACAUCUUAACGCAUGGGUUAGAUGAGACAACUCAAAAAACCUUGUUGGACGAUUAUCUACCUCCAGAAAACUGCCCCUUGUUACGACCACCCACUGUCAACCCUGAAGUUAAAUUGGCCGUGUCGGAUUCUGUUAUCCGUCGAGAUGGUCGACUGGUGGCCCUUCAACACCAUGUAGCAGCGAGUAUGUCAGCUAUUGGGUUAGUGUUGACAAAAUUGCUUUCUGAUACUGAUAAGAAUAGGGAGAGUAUUCAGAAACUAAGCGACGCGAGCCGCUUAUUGGCUAAUGUUCAUCAUCUAGAAUCAGUGUCUCGUAGAGAACUGAUUGCACUAAACUUAAACAAAGAACUUAAAGAAACUUUGGUGAAUACUCCUAUUGGAGAUUUGCUCUUUGGGACAGAUUUGGAUGGUAGACUCCGGGCGGCCAAAGAUUUAGAAAAGUCUGGACAACAGCUAAAAAUCUCCAAAAAGGCUAUCAGGGAAACUACAGAACCCUCCCUCACAGAGGUAUGGAGCCCGCAGAGGGGGGCAGGGUUUUCGGGCUCUACCGACGAAAUCUCGAGGCAAGUCCCAGCGGAACUCGGGAAGAGACCUAGAAAGAUCCUAUCGGAGCGAUCAGCGGAGGCGACAAUAUUAGAACACACGAAUUCCUCACCCGCUUUGGCCGAACCUUUCCCUGGUGGCGGGGAAGUUGUCAGGAAAGCGUUAUUCCUCGGAAAAGUGCCAAGAGACUCCAUAGAUAUCUGUUUGGCCUCAAUUACAUCGAGUACCUUAGCACAAUAUAACUCAGGUUUGAGGCGGUGGUGGGAGUUCUGUUCUAAUUCAAAUAUUAAUCCUUUUGUUGUUACGGUCCCAAAUGUUUUAGAGUUUUUAACCUUGCAAUUCAAGAGUGGAGCAUCUUACGGAACGCUUAAUUCGUACAGGUCCGCGAUAGCACAAAUCGCUGGUCCUGAUCUAGGACAGGAUUUUCGAUUAAAGAGAUUUUUCAAGGGAGUGUUUGGUAUACGCCAACCCUUACCCAGGUAUGAGAAUACCUGGGAUCCUGGGAUAGUUAUCAAUUAUGUUAAAACCCUUGAUAAUGAAAAAAUCCCUCUUGAACUCCUCACCCAGAAGCUAGCUGUUCUAUUAGCCUUGGCAACAGGGCAGCGUAUACAGACCUUGAGCCUUAUUGAGAUUCAUAAUAUUUUGAUUCGGGCAGAUAAAGUAGAAAUCAAGAUACCACGUAGGAUUAAAACAUCGGCUCCUAAUAGGAGCCAACCCUUUCUAACCUUACCCUUCUUUGUCCACGACCCACAGGUGUGCGUGGCAAGCACCAUCCUAAAGUAUUUGGAAAAAACAAAAAAAGUAAGAGGCAAUUGUGUUUUUCUGUUUGUCACCUGCAAAAAACCGUUCCAUAAAGCCACGACACAAACCAUUGGUAGAUGGAUCAAAAUUAUUUUGAGUAAGAGUGGAUUGGACACCAAUAUAUUUAAAGCUCAAAGUACACGACAUGCCUCGACAUCUGCUGCGGCGCGAAAAGGUCUCAAUUUUGAUACCAUCAGACUAGCAGCUGGGUGGACAAAAAACUCUGAAACAUUUGCCCGAUUUUAUAAUAGAGUUCUUGUCAAUAAUGAGCAAUUUAUCAAUGCUGUUUUAAGUUCCUAA